UUGAAAAGUACAUGUAAAGCAGAAUGUAAACAACAAGCUGACAUGGAGUUAUGGUUUGAAUGGGGAGAAAAUAACGAGGAACAUUUAUCCUUUGACGACAGCGAUCGUUUUGAGGAAGAUUCACUUUGUUCUUGGGCCUCAGAGCCAGAGAGUCUUUGUGGAAAGUGGCAAGGCUGGAAGCGGAGUUCUCAAAAUGGCGUCCAAUGUGAUUCAGACUUAGGUGAAGGCACAGUCGAAUCUCUCAUUGAAAUUUGCGCUAGGACAGUAGCUGAACAUUUUCCUUUUGAAACUGUUGAGUGCAGAUUUCCUCAGAUUCCUGAGCAGCUCCAGCAAAGAAUUGCUUUUUGGUCAUUUCCGCUCCUUGAAGAAGACAUUCGACUGUAUUCGUGUUUAGCAAAUGGUUCUCCGGAUAAAUUUCUUGAAGGGGAACAACUUCUCAAAGUGCAGGCAGUUAAAGAUAUACUGCAGAUUGGUUUUCAUCUAAGUGCCACAGUACACCAACCUCACAGUAGUUGCCAAAACAAAGGACUAUUUAAUGUUGCUGUCACAUUUGACAGAGGGCAUAUAACCUCUUGUACCUGUACUUGCAAUCAAACUGCAACCUGGUGUUCUCAUGUGAUUGCCUUAUGCCUUUUUCGAAUACACUUCCCAAAGAUGGUUUGCCUAAGAGCUCCAGUAUCAGAAUACUUAUCUCGUUUGAGACGAGAUCAGCUUCAGAAGUUUGCUCAGUAUCUCAUCACUGAACUGCCACAACAGCUUCUCCCAACUGCACAAAGGCUUCUUGAUGAGCUACUUUCUUCACAAGAGUCCACCAUCAACUCUGUCCCAGGUGCUCCUGAUCCCACAGCAGGGCCAUCAGCCACAGAUCAUUCAAAAUGGUGCUUGGAUGAAAGUUCUCUUCAUGAGAACAUCAAGAAGAUGCUUUUGAGAUUUUGUGGCCCAAGUCCUUUGGUAUUUAGUGAUGUGAAUGCACUCUAUCUAGCUAACACUGCUCCACCCACAGCUGCAGAAUGGUCAAACAUCCUCAGACCCUUACAAGGACGAGAGCCUGAGGGAAUGUGGAACCUUCUCUCCAUUGUUCGAGAACUCUUCCACAGAGGUGACAUGAAUGCAGUGAAUCUUCUGGUCAUUCUCACAGAGGAAUGUUUAGCCAUUGAUCAGGUGCUGAUUUGGUGGUAUGACAGUCGCAGUCAAGCUUCUGGGAAUUAUCCUCAUAGUUAUGGAAAUAAUUACAGGGGAAAUACCAAUACUGCAAGCACAGAAGCAACUAAGCAUGCUUGUGCUGGAUUUUGUGACGAACUUGUAGCAUUGUGGAGACUGGCAGCUUUGAAUCCCAAGUUAUCAGAUGAUGAGAGGGAAGAAUUAAAGAUCCAGCUGCAAGAGUGGCAUCAAAAAGCUGUGGAUAAAGGACAAACAGGGCGAGGUGCAAGUCUUACGAUUCCACCUGCAGCAAUAUCGUGCUUUCCUGGUUUUCUUUCCGCAAUAGAGGUUUGCUCUCUCAACUGGAAAAAUGAGGAUUUAGGUUUAGUCUCCAAAGAGAGAAAUCAUGAACCCGACCUUUCUUUAGCACUGAAGAACGAUACAGGGAUAGCACAAUCCUGUAAGAGCACAGAGACUGGGCUUUGUGAAAAUGCCUUAUCGCCUGUUGAAAGCCCGGUUACAACCGAAGAAAACGUCAGCGGUUCAUCAGUAGAUGACUACAAACCAAUACUCGAUGUCAGAGAAGAUUUACAGGUCUUGUGUGCGCGAAUGGAGGCUCUUUAUGUCCAUGGCUAUAGUUCCCUGGCUGGUAAACUAGCUGUGAAACUUGCAGAGAAUAUUCUGAGGGAUAAAAGAAACAUCUCCCAUUUUGGUGCUAGGAGCAAGAAAGAAGGUGCAAGCAUAACAUCGUUUACAGUUACUAUUCUGGUGAAAGCUGGUUUUCUGUGCAAUGUACUGGCAGAAGACCUGCACUGUCAUCACUUAGCUUUCAGAGUUGGUAUGUUAGGACUGGAAAUUCCAAGGCAUCCGGCUAAAAGUAAAGCAUUGGAGGUUAAACUUUUGCAUCAAGAAUCAGAGUUGGUCAGCUUGCUAAAGAAACUUCCUCUUGGACCAGCUGAACUCGCUAUUGUUAAAGAGAAGGCUGGGCUUCUUCUUCACGGUGAGCUGAGAAGAGGAGAAGCUGUUCUGCCCAUUAUGUUGGCCUCAUUCAUUUUUGAUGUAUUGAGGUCAAGCGAUACUGACACAAAAGCGAAGCGGCAAGCUGUAAGGAAACUAUGCGAAACAACCAAAGAAGAUGAAGAGCUGGGAUUCAAAGCUGCUCUGUAUGCUAUAGGAAUGAAAGGAAAUGCACUGGAGAACCGCUACCCCAUGUUAUGUGAAGGUACAAGACAACAGAGAGGAGACCUGGCAUUGGCCCUACUUGUUUACAGUAGGGACGAUUCGAGUAGGAUUCGGCAAAUCAUGGAUGUCCUUUUAGACAAGAAUCGGUAUGACCUACCGAAUGCUGCUAGUACGGCGCAGGAAAAGAAGAGAGUGGAGCGAUCUAAUUCUCAGGAUAGUAAGGGCGAAGGAAAGGAAAGCGUAGCAGUAGGCACCAGUGUUGUCAAGAGCAAAGUUACUAUAGAGCUCCCUAACCGCAAAGAUAGCCACCAGUCCUCCAGCACCAGUGAUAGUGGCACAGACAGCAGUUGUAAAGAUAGUUCAGGAAUAGACAGAUACAAACUCCGAGGAGGAAAUGAAAGUUCUUGUCAGCAAAGAUUCCCAGCGAGUUUUGCUUCGUUGUCAUUGGAUGAAGAAAGCGGAAGUUCAAGUGGAGUUGAUACAGAUUCUGUUCCAGUCCCUCACCAUGAGCUGGCAGCGUAUGAGGUCGAUCUUCAGAGAACUAAGCAGAAUGCUGUCGUCCGUGACGUAGGCAUUCUCCAUUCAGACGGACCUUUAACGCAGUAUGAUCCAUUUAUCAACAGCAGUCAACAUUUUGAGCCUGGCAGCGACACAUCUUCCUUUCCUCGAUCAGAUACUGUUCCCCAAAGUAAAGAAGACGUCAUAGACGUGGACCACCUUCAUAGACACGCGUCUCUUGUAAAGGAUUCGGAUGCUUUUCCUCCAAACCAAAGCGCUCAAGAGAACAGUGAACCUAACCUUUGUGCUCCGAGUGUCAAUGUUCCAUGUCCUUGCGAAGGAAAUUCACCAUCACUACUCUUUGAAAGUGUUAAUCGAAAUUUCCAUCGUCAUUCAAAUGACACAGAAGCUGUUAAUUCCUCUUCUAAAGACAAGCCAGACCCUAACCAAAGGGUCAUCCUGGCCAGUCAUGGCCUCUCGUCUGAAGGUGAUGUGUCGGACAUUGAAACAGACUUUGAUGAAUGUCAUAGCCGUGUUCAGCAGGAAUUGUUGGAAGAAAUCGAAGUAAGUAACAAUUUAGUACAUGAGGGUGAAACGGGAGAGGUUGGAGCUUCACCGUCAAGUGGUGCCAUCGGUAACGAAGUGUUAGACACAUCUAAUGUAUUAUUUCGAGGUGGAAGUAUAGCUUCUAGUUCAGUUACUGAAGGUGAAUCUUUCAGUGGAGAUGCUGCUGUGACAGCUCCACCAGAAGUAGUGGAAGAACAAUCUAGUGGAUCCGGCUCCAGAGGAAGCGUUAGCGCAGGUACAGAAGAUACUAACAGAAGCCGUCGUCGUCGUGGACGAAGGAGGAGGAGGGGAGGCAAAUCAGCUCUGUAUCAAGCAACUGAGGCUGAAGCUCAUUUCAUGUUUGAACUGGCUAAGGCUGUCCUUUCUAAGGCUGGAGGAGGCAAUGGCACCUCUGUGUUCACACAAACAACAAGCAGCGAUGCUCAAGCUGGGGUCCAUCGAGUACUGCAGCUGUGUGCCUUUGAAAUUGGACUUUUUGCACUUGGAUUGCACAAUCGUACUUCGGCAAAUUGGUUGUCGCGAACGUAUUCAUCACAUGUCUCUUGGAUCUCGGGUCAAGCCAUGGAAAUUGGCCAUCAAGCGAUAACACUUCUCUUUAAAAGUUGGGAGGGUAACUUGACGCCCUCUGAGGUUGCGUCCAUUGCUGAUCGAGCAUCCAGGUCAAAUGAUCGGAUUAUGGUGCGUGCUGCAGCGGAACUUGGACUGUCGUGUCUUCACAUGGCAACUACUCUCAAUCCGGGGGAGAUUCAGCGGGCUUUGUCUCAGUGUCGCGAGGAGGAUGUGCAGUUAUUGGAACAAGGUUGUCAAGCUGUUGAAAGUGCAGCUCGGGGUGGCGGAGUGUAUCCUGAAGUUCUGUUUGAAGUCGCUAAGCACUGGUACCACCUUCACGAGAAGAACCAAACCAACAAUAGCUCAGCUUCCAGAUCAGGGAAAAGCGAAUCAAGAAGCAGAAGCUCUUUGAACAGAUCUUCUCAGUCUGUAGCAACUUCUGGCCAUUCCCUUCCAGUGAGCCCGUUUGUACCCCAGGUACCUCAAUUUACGAUGCCUCCAUGUUAUCCCUCCAUACCUCCUCCUCUGUACACCACGCCCGAACAAUACGUACAGCAGCAGAUGCACCAGCAAGUCCAUCAGAUGAUGGGAUAUUAUCCCGCCUAUUUACCAGGGGUAUCUUCAGGAUACCGUUCUUACUCUCAUACGCGAUCUUUGACUGGGCCUCAACAUUCGUCAUCAGGAGGCUACUCAGGGCCUACUCCUCCAUCGUAUCAAGCCACCAAUUUUAAUUCAAGUUCAACUCAGCAUUUAAAUCGCGUAUCAGCCACACAGCAAGGGACACACGUUUCGUAUCAUCUGAACAGUGCAUACCGGGUAGGCAUGUUAGCGCUGGAGUUCUUAUCCAGACGCACCUCGGAUGACCGGCCUAACGUGAAAUUUUCACGGAAUCCGAAUUGCAGCGAUGACAUCAGGUGGUUAUGUUCUUUGUCCGCCAGGCUCGGUAAUUCGCACCUCCAGCGAUUCUGUGUUGCUGCAUUAAACGCUGUGGCCAGCCCAUUCGUACUACACGACCUUGCUUUGGAAGCAGCGAGACAUAUGGCGCGUUCUAACCCAGCGCAACUAACUGCAAAUCUACGGUCUCCAACCAUUAGUCCUUUAGUACAGAAGAGCUUGACUAUGUAUGCGCAGUGUAUCCAUUACAACUUGUUCAAAAUUUCUCAGAGUGAGUACGAUGAGUUUGUUGAGCUGCUUAGACACGCUCGUGGGGCGUUUUGUAUGGCACCGGGUGGAAUGACACAGUUUAACGAACUCUUGCAAAGUAUCCGCAGGGGACAACCCAAGAAGAAAGAACUUUGGCAAAUGAUUAUGACUGGACUAGCCAAAGCCUAGCUUUUGAGCAUAAAACGCUCUGAAUGCUUUGAUAAAUUGUUCGGCUCUAAAUAUUUUUUUUGUUAUCUUAAAUCUGGCAUCGUUAUGAACAUAUUGGAGUUGGUCAUAAUCAAAGAAACACCAAGAAGAGCUGGAUGAAGAAUGUUGUUGUGUUGUAUUUGAGACACUAUCCUUUUCGCAUGACUAGUUUUUUUUUGUCUGAAGCAAGGUUCAGGCGUCAAUUCUGAUCAUGUGUGGGUUAGAGAGGGAGAGAGCCGUAAGAAAGCUUGCUUCUCAUUUUGCAUUGUAAAUCAUAAUUAUGUUAACACAUCUUAGUAUUGUUGGUAGCCUUUGUCAUCAUUUUUAUGGAGAUCAUGGCUUCGAAGGGUCAAAGAAUGUUUAUUAAUACGCUUU